CGAACGCACCCGAGGCCGGCUGCGCGCCGCACGGACACCAGCUCGCUGAUUGAUUUAUCUCACGUUGCUGUGUGUGGGGCUCCACAGUAACUGUCGGUGCUUUAGAGAUUCUUGAAGUUCCACGCACACAAGACUUCCUGUUGAUGGGGGAGGGACCUUCCUGUCUCUAAGAGUAGGAGAGUUGGGGAUAAGGGAAGGCAUAGGAUAAAGAAGCUGCAGGAAAAGUGAGAGUGGAAGACAGAAAGAGAGUCAAACCAGGAAAAGAAGAUGGUGUAUAUGGAAAGCUGAUCUGUGGAUCUGAAACUCUGUUUCCAGGGUGAUGAGCUGUGCUCUUUGAAAAUACUGAAUAUUAUGGGCUGUGCUUGCUGUAAGCAGAAGAAGGCUGGAAAAUCAUCCUCAUUGUCUAAUACCAACUCGUGUGACAUAGGCAAUGGCACCCAGUCGUCAGACCCAGUCCGUUACAUUGCGGACCCCACUAACCCCAUUAACUCAGGCCCAGGGCUUAUCCCAAACUUUAAUGAUUUUCAAAACCCAAUGUCCUCUGGCUUCUCAUCCAACCUCAUCCCUUCCCGCCCAACUGCCAUCACAGGAGGAGGUGUAACACUCUUUAUAGCUCUCUAUGACUAUGAUGCCCGUACAGAGGAUGACCUGAGUUUCCAGAAAGGAGAGAAGUUCCAUAUUAUCAACAAUACUGAGGGUGACUGGUGGGAGGCUCGGUCAUUAGACACAGGGAAUUCUGGGUACAUUCCCAGUAACUAUGUGGCCCCUGUGGACUCCAUACAAGCUGAAGAAUGGUAUUUUGGGAAGUUGGGUCGGAAGGAUGCAGAACGGCAACUGUUAGCCCACAACAAUCCUCGAGGGACGUUCUUGAUACGAGAGAGUGAGACAACAAAAGGAGCCUACUCUUUGUCUAUCAGAGACUGGGAUGAAACAAAGGGCGAUCAUGUCAAGCAUUAUAAAAUUAGGAAGCUGGAUAAUGGAGGAUAUUACAUCACAACUAGGACACAGUUUGACACCGUUCAGCAGCUGGUGCAGCAUUACACAGAGCGUGCAGCAGGACUUUGCUGCCGUUUGAUUGGCAGCUGUAGGCGGGGCAUGCCUAAGCUGGCUGACCUGUCUGUGAAGACUAAAGAUGUUUGGGAGAUUCCCAGGGAGUCGCUACAGCUUAUUAAGAAACUGGGCAACGGGCAGUUUGGUGAAGUGUGGAUGGGCAUGUGGAAUGGCACAACUAAAGUUGCAGUAAAGACACUGAAGCCAGGCACCAUGUCUCCAGAGGCCUUCCUGGAUGAAGCCCAGAUUAUGAAGAGGCUCCGUCAUGAUAAACUGGUACAGCUGUAUGCUGUGGUGUCUGAGGAGCCCAUUUACAUUAUCACUGAGUUUAUGACUCAAGGAAGCUUGUUGGACUUUUUAAAAGAUGGAGACGGCAGAGCUUUGAAAUUGCCUCAACUUGUGGACAUGGCAGCUCAGAUUGCUGCAGGCAUGGCCUAUAUUGAACGGAUGAACUACAUCCACAGAGAUUUGCGAGCUGCCAAUAUCCUAGUUGGAGAAGGUCUGGUCUGUAAGAUUGCAGACUUUGGGUUGGCUAGACUCAUUGAGGACAAUGAAUACACAGCUAGACAAGGAGCAAAGUUUCCGAUUAAAUGGACCGCCCCAGAGGCUGCUCUUUAUGGCAAAUUUACCAUCAAAUCGGAUGUGUGGUCUUUUGGUAUCUUAUUGACUGAACUCAUCACCAAGGGCAGAGUGCCUUAUCCAGGAAUGAACAACAGAGAGGUUCUGGAGCAGGUGGAGCGUGGUUACCGGAUGCCGUGUCCGCAGGGCUGCCCAGGGUCUCUGCAUGAGUUGAUGCUGCAGUGCUGGAGGAAGGACCCUGACGAAAGACACACCUUUGAGUACCUGCAGAGCUUCCUGGAGGAUUACUUUACUGCUACUGAACCCCAGUACCAGCCUGGAGAGAACCUGUGAUAUACUCAUAUUAUAUCAUGUCUGAAUUGCCUUUACGUAUUAUUGCAACACCUCUAUAAACUGAUCUUAUUUCAAGGCUCCAUUUAUAGGCCCCCACUGAACACAUUAGAGUGCAGUUUCUUCGUGGGGUUUAGUUUGAGAGCUUUAAUUUGAAAUCCUUUUCUUUAUACAGCUUGAUUGGGCCACACCUCUCACGUAUGAGGUAAUAAAAUGGAAAAUGUUAUUGGUGCGGUUCUUCAGCAUCAAUGACAGCACAUGUCGAUGACAUCACUCGAUCUUUUUAAUUAAGCAACAGCAAUUAGUUAGGGAUUCAAUCAACAUAUUUGUUUUGUUGUUUAUCUGUACUUUGUUUAUUUUGCCAGCCUUAUAUUCCUUUAUUUUGGUUUAUUUUUUAAGCUUCGAGUGCUUUACAGGGAUUUCCUGUAAAGCACUGAUGUACCAUAAUAGACUUUAUUGUGGCAUGAGGCUGAUUUUAAGACAGUAUUGAUACUAGCUUAAAAAAAACAGGACCAGCAUUUUUCACUUUAGAGCUUUCCUUUGAAAUGAGAAGGUAAAAACUACUGUUUUUAAUUGUUUUCUUGAAUUUUUUCUGUAUUUUACGUAUAAUCAUAUCUCACGAUUUGGUUAUAAUUUAAAUAGAUGUCAAACCUGUGCCUUUAUUCUGGGUGGGUGGAUAUUCUGCAGGGAUGGACUGGAAACCCUGAAUGGAAGUGCGUGUAUUACAGUUAGAUAAUGUUUAUGUGCCAUUUAAUUAUACCGAGCUUACUGAACUGAACCCAUGUGUCUAACAUAUAUUUUCUGUACUCAGUGUACACAUAAACACAUACAUAAAUACACAAAUAUGUAUCAAAGAUUGUUCACAUCUGCGUUUAAAUGGUCCACAACGCAGUUCAUUGCGUGCUUUACUAAAGAUGUCCACAAGAUGGCAGAAGAGGCACGAGACUGGCAGUAAUGCAGGCUCUUUGGUAUGCUGUCUUGGUUUAUUAAUUAUCCUGGCGGGGUUUGUAGUCAUGGUGGUACAUUCCGUACCUGCACUGAUCUGGCACUUUGUUCUUGCUGCAGAUUUGAGUUUAAUGUUUAUAAAUGAAUCAAGCAGACUGUUGCACCUACAUUGUGCUGCAGGAGGGAUAGUGUGUUUCUCUGCAGCCUUUGUGGAUGUGUGUGCUCAGGAUUCAUUUUUAGAAUAUCUGACCACUCGUCUCUGUUUAUUAAGAUCAGAUCUUGCAAGAUGCAACCAAACACCGUGAGGGAUGCAGGUAGUGGAGAAGGUGUCUAGCAGCUGUCUAGCUCCAGAUACGCGUUAUUGUGGCUUCUUUUUGCAGUUUAUUCACACAACCCUAUCUAAGAUUUUAGACCUUAAGUGUCUUCGCCUUAAUAUAUAUAUAUAUAUAUUUAAAACAGAGUUAUCUUGAUUAAAAAUAU